CCUGCGAUUUGAUGUCGUUGUGCCCCAGGUGAGGCAGGACAGAUGCCAAAAUUUGCUUCUAAGGAUCGCAUGUGCCUGAAAAAGCGUGGGACUCCCACUUUUCUUUGAUCUUCUGCAGUUGCGACUAAGUAUUUUUUUUUGCCUCUAAAAAGAAGCAACUAUUGUUUCUUCUUUGAAUUGCUGCUCCUCUUAAGUGUAACGUUAUUUUUACUCUAAAAGUUUCCAGACAAUUGCUUGCAAACAUGACUGACAAAAGCAAUUUUGCAAGUUUAGGUGAAGUGUGAAAUUUUAGUUUCGUUUUGUUGUUGAUCAAAAUUAAAGAAAAAGAAGAUAAUUUUCCAUUUUUGCUGGUGAAUAAAGAAAAAGUAAUAUAAGUGUGAAGACUUUUCGAACAGACAUUGUAAAAAAUAAAUAAACGAUAAAUGACCUAACUAGUAAAGUAGCAUAAAAUAUGCAAUAAAUUCAAAAGUUAUAAGCCAAACUUUUAACUCUUGUUCUGAACUAAAAAAAAGAGCAUAUAACCAUGACGCAUCAACAAAGUAGAUCUAAUAGCAGAAUGUCGCGUUCCCCUUCAAAAUCUAGAAGCAGAUCAUCAGAGAAAAUUCUAGAAGAUAAUGGCUCUAGAGACAGACUUAGUGCACCUAAAUUCAGAAUGGUUACCAAAAGUCCUAGCCCUGGAAACCGCAGGCGAGCCUCAGCUAUUCAAUUUUCGGACUCUCCAAGUGGUACGCGAACGAACCACGCUCGUUCGCGAUCAUUAAGAGCUAAACGCCAUUCAGCACAUAUACCACAUUCCCUAAGUGGUUCUCAACUGGACACUAAGGCGAGUCUAAAUCAACGGUCAAGCAUUAGCCACUCCUUGUCUGUUCCAUCAGGGGAUGAAGGAGACUUUCACCUGGUAAGGAACUUUAGCAUAACUUCUAAGGGUGUGGUCAACAGGGGAGAUUCUUUCCGGUGCAAAUCGAGAUCUGCAUCUCUAAGUUCGACACCGACAUCCCCUGGAUCCGAAAAGGAGAAUGCUUUUCCAGCUUUUACAACAGAUGAAGCUGCUUCAGCAUCGGCUUCACCGGUUACUACUCCAGUUCCAUCUGCUUCCUCAACUGUUCCUGAAACAAAGGAACCACCCAAAUAUUCAGUGUGGAUAUUGGGAAUGAAUGGAGUUGGAAAGACAUCGAUUAGAAACCAGUUCAUGACUUCUGAAUAUAUAUGCCAGUAUGAAACUUGGAAAGAUGAAUCAGUGCAUAAAAGCGUUGUUGUAUCGCUAGAUGGAGAGGAAACAGAAUUGGAAAUAUCGGAGUACAUCUCUGUCGAAGACAAGAUUAAAAAUAAGGAAUCAUUGCCAGAUGCAUUUCUAAUUGUUUAUUCCGUAACCAAUCGCCGAAGCUACAUCCUAGCCCGCCAAAUUCUCUCCAAACUUGAAACAACAUUUGGUUCGAAAGCAGCUAUUUUGGUUGGAAAUAAAACAGAUCUUGCUAGACUCAGAACCGUCACAACUGUGGAGGGAAGAUCAUUAGCAAAGGAACGAGGAUGCAAAUUUGUUGAAACUUCGGUUGCGAUAAACCAUCAAUUAGACGAGUUGCUGGUUGGAAUCAUCACACAGAUCCGAAUAAAGGCGAAGAUAGCCGAAAAGCAACGAAAGCGAAGCGAUCGCAGCUCUCAAACUUCUCGCAACAAAGCUACUUGCAUUAUCAAAAGAAUCUGGAGGAGAACCUGCAUGACUAGUAAAUCAUGCGACAAUUUACAUGCUCUUUAAAUUAUUCUUCACCAUUAAAUUUACAUAGGGAUAAAAAAUCCCUGUUUAUGUUUACUGUUACUUUCUAAGAUCAAAAUUAGUUUUUACAUGAAAAAGUGGUUGUAAUUGUUGUUGUGUUUUGUAUUUAUUCUUUAGAUUUUUUUAGUGGUUUGAUUACAUAUUCUAUGAAGGUGUAUUUUUUUCUUAAAAUGAAAUAUGUUUAGUGCGAUGUAAACAAUAAAAUAAAAUAAGCU